AACUUCUUCACCCUUCUCCGUUUCCAUUUAAAAGAAAAAACUGUAACUUUAUUCUGGGUUUGGUUGGAUUCGUCCACAAGCGAGGAAAAGACAUGGAAUCUGACGAGGAUACUCAAGGCCUAAUUGAGUAUCGGCCGGGUUUAAAUCCAAACAGGGGAGAGAGGGACAGUGGCGAGAACAUAACAAUUGUUCCAGAAUUUCUCCCUGAACGACUAUUUGCAACAGAUCGCUACCCUGUAAAAGGACGAAUAAACUCGUACUCGAAACCAGAGUAUUUGCUCGACAUUGUAGAUGUUUUGGAGGGUACUAAGGAAUUGCAAUACCUACAAGAUUGUCCAUUGGGUUCUCUGUUUGAAUUGCCAAUUAGGAAAUGUUCACUGUCGGGAAAACUGGUCCACAACAUUUUAUGCCGUUCGCUUGUUACAGCCAAGGAACAUGAGUUAUGGUUCGUUUUCGGUGGACAUCCGUUUCGUUUCUCACUCAGAGAGUUUGCUCUCGUAACGGGACUUCCUUGCUUUCCAUAUCCAGCAGCAAAAGACAUUCAAAAGGCGCAAAAUUCAAGUGGUAAUUCAGAGCCGUUUUGGAAGACUUUGUUUGGUAAUAAGAAGGUGGUUACUAUCGAGGACAUUGUGAGGUGAAGGUGGAUAGUAGGAAGCCUUUAAAGGCACAGAUGCCUGGUUGGAAAAAACUGAGGCUUGCACUAAUAGUGAUUGUGGAAGGGAUUCUGAUCUGUGACAGCCAGCCUGUGAGAGCAUCAACGGAGGUGGUAGAAAUGGUGAGGCACUUGGACACGUUUUUUUCGUAUCCGUGGGGAAGAGAAUCCUUCACGGUUUGGGGCUAUCCGAAAUUCCCACUUACCACUAGCCAAGCAUAUCCAUUCACUGGAAAUUGCGAGUACUGUUUCGUCCAUCGAACAAUUGUCCACCGCUGUCCACCACCUGCAAAAAAAACAGCAUUUAUUGACGAAAUGAUGAACAAACAUAACAUUUAUUCCCCAAAACACCUGAAUUAAAUGCUGAAAAAGAUAGUGCUAAAAAUAAUUUAUUGUCUACAAAUUUUAUCAAAUCAUAAGACAUUGAUAAUCUUCGAGAUCUUACAGAAUUGGUGGACUAGGUACAAGAAUUUUUCUUCGAUAAUUUCCCAGAUACGAAAAUCGCAGUUAGUCUUCAAACGAAGGAGAGUUCAUUUGUUGAAAUUGUAGACAACUAUUAUCGAAGAUCUGUGUAAAUAUCAAAGUAAUCCAAACAAUCUA